CUCAAUGAAAACAGCCAGCGUGUGAUAUUUUUUUUUCUUUUUUUGCCGCACUCUAUCGGUUUACGCUCUUGUACACGGAUGUGACGUAAUACAAAACAGACCGCAUUGUGUGUUAUGAGGUAACUAGUAUUGUACGAGGCGAUACGUUGAGUAUUUAAGUCUACAAACGCUUGAGUUGAGUUGCUCAUUGCGGCCGGUUAGCGCCGCGGCUACGUGUCGAAACCUGUCUGGUUAAAACAGCUACAAAACCUUGGGAAAGAGUCACUGGAGAUAAAGAGAGUGUGUUAAACUAGAAACAUGGGAAUUCCACAACUAUGAAGGAGAACAAACGUCAGGAUGUGUAGGAGUCGGAGAGCAGGAAAAGGGAAGCUGGGAAAGAGCUGAGUUUAUAAUGUAGCCUGUUUAGCUAGAGAUCACAGUUUCAUCCAUCAGUGCGGUGUGUGUGUGUGUGUGACUGCUCCAGGUUAAACAGUCUAAAAGUUUAAAGAAUACUAACGCCUUUUUUGUGACAACCAAGAUGAUGUACUCUUCCCGAAGAAAACCAGUCCUCUACUUUAAAGAGGACAGAAGAAUUGAAAAGCAAAAGGCUGAUCAUCAUGGAGAUGUUCUAUUUCUAUGGAGAAAGUGCUCGGUGCUGAAGCUGUUCAGCCUCUGUGUGGUGCUCGUCCUCUGCUCUCUUCUCUGGCUGCAGCUGAGCUGUUCAGCUGAUCUGAACCAGCCACAGUUGGUUGAUCGCCCACCCCAUCAGCCGUGUCCUUUAGAGAGACAGACCGCACCUGUGGAUGACUCCUCAUGGGGCCUGCACAAAAUGGCUGUCAUCGUACCCUUCAGGGAGCGUUUCGAAGAACUUCUUGUUUUCGUGCCGUACAUGCAUGCUUUCCUCAACAAAAAGAAAAUACGACACAAGAUUCUUAUCAUCAACCAGGUGGAUCAUUUACGCUUUAACAGAGCCUCUCUCAUCAAUGUCGGCCACAUGGAGAGCGGAAAUGAUACAGACUACAUAGCGAUGCAUGAUGUCGACUUGCUGCCUCAAAAUGAAGCUCUAGACUACGGAUUCCCAGAGGAAGGUCCCUUCCAUGUAGCUUCACCAGAACUUCACCCACUGUAUCACUAUAAAACAUAUGUAGGAGGAAUUCUGCUACUUACCAAGAAACACUAUCAAAUGUGCAACGGUAUGUCCAAUCGGUUCUGGGGUUGGGGAAGAGAAGAUGACGAGUUCUUUAGAAGACUGCGAACAGCAGAACUGCAGCUCUUCAGGCCAAAAGGAAUAACCACAGGGUACAAAACAUUCAGGCACAUUCACGACCCUGCCUGGAGAAAAAGAGACCAGAAGAGAAUAGCUGCACAAAAACAGGAACAAUUUAAAAUUGACCCAGAAGGUGGUCUUACCAACUUGCGCUACAAGGUGGAAUCCCGACAAGAGCUUUUGAUUAGUGGUGCCCCUUGCACCGUCAUCAACACCUUGCUGGAGUGUGACAUUAGCCAGACACCCUGGUGCCAGUUCAGCUAACACACCUGGGCUGCUAAUUCUCUGUGCCAUGAUCAUGUCAUUUCUACAUUUAUAGGAUCAUUAUUGUGGACAGUUUUACUAAAUAACCUGGAUAUUUGACCUGAAAGCAAAAAGGCAAGAUGUAAACAGACACUAAUGUUUUCUUGCUACUGGACAGUAUUAUGUUGAAGCUCCCUAUGUUUUACUUGGACAGAACCGAACUAUCAGACAUUUUCAGGUUUUGCACUGAGAACACGCCAGCAAUGUUACUACUAAUGUGAGCUUUGAAUUUCAGACGGGUGAAGUUAUAGCAAUGGCAUUUUCCUGGACUCCUUUACAUGGCGCAGUAAUUAAUAUUUUAUUUGUGUAUGCUGAAAUCAGAAUGAGUGACUUGAUGCGAAUAUACUUAGAACGGAUUAAGGGUACUUUGAGGACAUUUGCACAUUAUUCAUAUUUAUAUGAAAACCAGGCUACUUUAGUUUUUAUACCAUGUUUUAUCCCAUGUCUUGAGGCUAGUUGGUUUGGGCUGGAUUAUAUGGUCUAUAUUAUAUGGGCUAUAUUAUAUAAGUCUGUAGUAUUAAGCGAUAUCAUAGAAGAAGAGAGGAUCGUGCCUGCUUUCUCUUUACCAAAUAUGUUCAAACAUCCAUUGACCUUUUGAGGGUAAAGAUGCGACUUGCUUUGAGGUGGAGCAGUGGGGUCAAAUUUUUUUUUAUUUACAGCUUGGUCAGAAAGUGUUAAAUGUAAGUGUUUUGACAAGAGAAAGCUCAAAUCAUUUUUAAAGAUGUAUUAAAUGGGAUUAUUACAAGA